AUGGGGUGGAAUUACCCGUGGGAGUCUGGUGAGCCGUUGUAUAGUUUGAGGCUGGUGAGCGUGGCGCGAGGGGAGUUUGACGCCGAAACAUCGUGGGAGGCUCGUCGGCAGAGUAUCACGUUCUUCACUUCCCAAGGGGUGUUUCAAAUCCACGAGGCCGCGCACGUGCCUGUGCCCGCCGCACCACCAUCAUCGGCAGCAGCGUCGCACCGCUUCUCGGAGCGGCGAUACAUGGAUCCGCAGCAGGGCCUGUGCCUCGCGUCGCUGUUUGACAUUCGCGCCUUCAACGUGAGUGCACGGGAAGGGCGUGGUGAUGGUCUUGAUGCGUCACGUCUCUUCUGUGUGGUGGGGUUCUGUCGCUCCCCUGAGAUGCUCUCAGACGUCGUAGCGGACACGGUUCUCAUGGCUGGCGGGGAGGUGGUGGACUCGAAGCUGGAGAUGGGGCAGGGUCUGCACGAGCAUCUGCGGCUCACCGUUGCCGUGCCCUAUCUAUUUGGUGUGCCGCCCGCCUUGGACGCGCUCAACCGGGCGAUCCGAUUGGGUGGCGGGAUUGUGGAUAAGAGCUUCCACCAAUGGGAGAUGUGCCCGUAG